AUCCAACACCCUGCGCUCGACCUUUGGCGAACAACGGGGCCGGACGACAUGACAUGACUGAUUUCUCUAGCGGUUGUAGCUUGGGUUGAAUAUUCACAGCUCUGUUCUUGCUAGUACUCAAAGCUGCACAGGCGUGUCCACGAUGAACUUUGUGUACUUGUUCAUGGAAGCAAACCGUCGCUCCGUCAUGCAUCUGGUCAUGCAUCGCCACACCGUUUCAGCCCCUAAAACUUCUUGUGGUUACCGUAAGCAUCACAAACAAAGUAACAAAUUCAAAGCCACACAAGUUUCAAGAACAACACUCAAAGUAAAUAGCCAUCCGUGACACGCAUCCAUUCACUCAACCAGCCUCAACUCCAGAGCCGUGGCAAAAAUGCUGACGCUAGCUAGUCCUGCAGUACACGCAAGAACUCUGGGCUGCAGGAAUAAAUGCGCGGUGGCGGUUGAGGUGAAGGGAAAUGUCCGCAUGUCUGCUUUCGGGUCCACGGCAUGGCACACGACGCGCCUGGUGAUCAGCCAGGCGCGCCCUCAUUCCUCGGACUUCCCUGGAAGCGGGAGCGGCGCCGCAGCGACUCCCCCUCCAGCUGCUCAGCCACCCGCGCCAGACAAGGCAGCAGUAGCCAAGCAGCCCAAAGUCAAGGAGGAGUCAGACACACUGCACCUAACACAGGGAUCCCGCUCGCACCUGUACGGUAUCAACACCCUGCGCAAAUAUUUUCCUAAGGCCUGCGCGGAGCUGGUCGCGAACGGCGGGAAAGGCAGCUGCUCCGUGCACAUCUACAUGCGCCGGCCGGACGGGAGGCUCAGUACGUAUGAGGUCAAGAUCUCCACCAACUCGACCAGAAACAGCUUCAUCCUCCGCAUGGCCGGUCUGUCGCGCUUCCUCCAGGACACGGGCAUGCAGGAUGGGGACCUGGUCCGGCUGUCGUGGGCGCCGCAGCCGGAGACGGCCGCCGGGCCAGCAGGCGGCGGGAUGCCGCAACAGCGCAAGGUGAUGGUGGAGGUGCUGGGGCGAUCGUCACCGCCGCCUGCCGCCGCGUCCUAGUCGUCACCGCCCUAAUGACCACCUAUAUGAUAUAUACUUUGAUGUAAGCUGCUGCGGACAGGACCGUGUCUUGCACUAGUGCCGAUUUUUGAGCCCAUAUCACAUGAAGCCGGCGGCUGAUAAUGUGAGCACUGAUGAGAGGCUGGUGGGCAUGGAGCAGGUGUGUGCUGUGCCACGCCCGGAGCACGGAGGCAUGUGGAGACGGGGAAGAUAGGCAAGUGGCCCAGUCCCGAGGCAUCAAACACUGCCAUCCCAAGUGUGAGCGGCCAUCUGGUUUUGUACUGUGUCAUGCGGACGUAAUGUUAAGACUCAUGUAUGGAAGUGAGGGUUUGUGUGGCUGAGUAGCUGUGUACGGCGCGGACCGGAGCAUAUGUGGUUGCUGCUUGAGUCGUAUCUAUCGGCCCGCAUCAUCCGCUUAGGCAAGCUCUAGAUAGAUGCUAGCGUAUGAAGGACACAUGAAAGAGCAGAGUGCAUAAACUAGACCAAUCCGGUGUUACAGACGCGAAGCUCCCUCACUUCUAGAUGUCACGCUCUCUUGAACACUCAUCAACAUCCCACAUGAAGUAAUCUGCACCUCUUUCAGUCACGAACCCAGGCCGAGGUAGUUGAGCCUGCCCCCACAGCCUAGUGUAUUUGCCCCGCGCAGCAGCCGCACCUGCACGUCGCAGAGGAACCAG